AUGAGUUGUGUGGCGUUCUCCUGCUGUGCUGCCCUUUCUGCAGAGAGUGGUGUGGCUCUCCAGUGCCACUGUCUGAUCACUGCAAAAUACAGCAUUUCCUCGCUGCUCUGCACCACUCUGGUGCGCGCAUCCGUGCACUGUGUUACAGCCACGCUGCAGGACUGGCCGUGCCAUCAGGCAGCCUGCUCCAUGCGCCAUCCCUUGGCCUUUCAAGCCGGCACCGUGCGCAGUUGCUCACCUCAGCGGUCGCGCGCUGCGCACUGGUGUGUCCCUUCAGACGGCGAGCAGAGACGCGGACCCGUGCGCACACUCUUUGCCCUGGGUUUUGCCUGUCAGGCGGACAUUUCAGGCAAUUUACUCGUUUAA